AUGGCUCUAGCAAAGAGUCUCUCUCUCAGCGAUCUUUCCGAGAUUCGCAUUUCUUGUGCCAAACCAUUUUCGCGUAUGCAAGAUUCCGACACCGUCAAGGGAUCCCAAUUGAAGACUCUUCAAUCCGCGUGCGUGACUGACUUCGAAGUCACACACGGAGUUAUGAGAUCUCUUGCCGAAAGAGCUGAAAACCGCAUCAAAGGCUUUGCCGAGAUUCCGAGAAUCAAUACGGUAACAGCCUCGAUGCGGCCAAGCUCGCAAGUCCCAAUUUUUGGUGGUUCACCAAACGAUACCUUCUCCGCAUUUUUGCGAUCCUUCAAUGAUCAUGCUAAUACAGCAAAACCUCCUUUGGGAGACCUCGAAAAGAGGAAUAUUUUCUUGACUUAUUUGACAGACGCAGCCAGAGACCGCGCAGAGGAGUUCCUGGAGCAAGAGAGCGAAGCCUCGUUCGCAACCUUGGUUAACCAUCUAAAGGUAAAAUACGAAGAUCCGGUAAGAGCAGAACUUUCGCGCCAGCAACUCCGAACAACGAACCAGCUUCCGGGCGAGUCCGUAGAUGAGUUUGCAGCUAAGGUCAGAAAACUCGCAAAUUCGUCGUACCUCGGAUACUCGCGUGAAUACAUCAAGGCCAAAACCUUAGAAGCGUUUUUGGACGGGCUCAAAUACGACAUAAAAUUCCACGUUAAGGCCAGUAACCUAAGAACCUUCGAGGACGCCCUCAAUUCCGCAGUGAGGUACGAGAUUUUGCUUCAAGAAGCAGCAAGGGCUAACACCAUCCACCCACAAACCCUCCCCGUAGCACUCCUACAAGGGGUAGACAACCAAAACCGCGAACGAACGGCCCGAACCCUUCCCCCUCAACACCGUUUCAGAAACACCCCACGGCAAGUGAAAUGCUAUUUCUGCGGACGUCUCGGGCAUAUGAUGGCCAAUUGCUUCAAGAAAAACCGUCAAUUUGGCCGCAUCGACCCAAUUGAUAAUCACCAGAUCAGAAACCGGAAUCAGCCGAUCUUUGGGAACCCAGGAAGACGGACAAACAACUAUGAAGGUAACUCAUCAGACGUACGUAAUUUCCAGCCUGACACGGCCGCUGACGAUACAGUAAGAGAAUUACGCGCUCAAGUCGAAGCGUUGACCAUACGCAACAACCAACUAACGAACAGCAUGACGCCCAGAGUUAACACGGUAAGAGUCUCGAAAUUACCUUUGUUCAUUGCUCUCCUCGCCUGCCUGGCAAGUCCCACCACCGCGUUUAAUGCUCUUUUAUGUCUACCGAACUCUCCCGAAUCGCUGAUCAACUUUCCAUCAUCGUUCGAUUGCAACUCAGUCAAACCCUCCCCAUUCACCCAGACAAAGAAAGUUUCUCUCAGCGUUUACCGACCAAAUUCCAUUGCGUAUGACUCUACCGCCACCCUCUGCAAAAUCAUUCAAACCACGUCCACUUUCUCCGUUAACCUUUUUGGAUCCCGCUACAUCGAAACAAAUUCCAAGCAAGCAACCGUUUCGGCAGAAGAAUGCAAACUAAUGAUGAAUCAUCAACGUUGCUCAUUCGCCGACAAAUUAACAAAAAUCGUAAGCCGCAACGCUUUCUCAACCAGCGGCAGCACAAAAGCCAGCGAGAUUAGCGAAGUCAUCAGCGCCUACGAGCAAUGGCUUGACCUCGGUCACCGAUUGUUCCAGGCCUGGACCGCUAUAGUUUGCACAUUUGUCACCCUUUACGCAAUCUUCCUCGUCGUAGCCAUAUUCAUCAAGCAACAGGCCGAAGCGCUGCCAUUCAGCGUUUCCCACCGUUUUGGCAAAAAGACGGCUAAUCCACCCUCCGAAGUCAUCUUCGACUAUUCGGACCUAUUGCCGGCAACAACUACAAUAGCUACCUUCCACUCCCCGCAAGCGUUUUUCACCGCGCAAAUUCCCAUUAAAGCGAACAACAUUAAUCUCCUAGCCCUGGUGGACACCGGCGCCAGCUUUACCAUAGCAGGCUCCGAGAUAUGCGCACUCAUCGGCAUCCACACGCUCAACAAACCGCUGACUAACAACGCUAUAGGCUUGGGAGGCAACGAAGUAAAAAUUGCGGGAACCGCGCCAAUCAGGUACAAAAUCGGAUCAUUCGAAAUUCAACACAUCACACACUUCACAAUCAAUAAAUGCACUCCACCGGGUCCGUUCUCCUACGACAUUAUAUUAGAACUUGGGCUUCUCAUCGCACCAACGGUCAUAUCAACUAACCACAUUGCUCUCCUCGUUACUAACCCAUCGAAUCAAAUGGUCACUCUGUACCCAGAGAUGACCAUCGCCACCGCGGCGAUGGUAUUCUCCGAAGGCACACCUGGAAAAGUGCUGACCUGCCACUACUCUUCAGGGGAGAUCCACAGUUUAAGAUUGACCUGA